CCCCCCCCCCCCCCAAGUCUCUGUGUCAUGUCUGACUGGCAAACUUGGAACAUUCAUCCAUUUUCUCAAAAGAGGAUUACACCUGAUGGGCGGGAAGGGAUUACCUUGGUAACCUUAUCGCAGUCGUGAGGCGACAGAGAUACCGUCCAGUGUUGUGUCCAUACCACCUAUCCACCUGUCUGCACGAGCACUGCAGUCAGUGCAACUGACCAGGCACACACACGCGCGCAUAGGGCGUAUCAGGCGGUUACCUCAGGGGUAUGAUCGCACUGGAUGUGUAUCUCUACCCAGAUGGCAUCAGGGUGGCCGAGCCGGAUGAAAUACUGCGCUGGGAGAAAGAGAAGGAGCUGUACGACCCAAACGUGCGCCUCUUCGUGGCCCUGUUUCCAUACAACCCCUCACUGAUGUCCCCGAACCCGGAUACCUCAGAGGAGCUGCCCUUUGAGCGAGGACAGAUAAUUAAGGUGUACGGUGAUAAAGACACAGAUGGUUUUUACCACGGAGAGUGUGCUGGCCGCUUUGGAUACGUUCCCAGCAACAUGGUGUCAGAGAUCCCAGUAUAUGACGGUGACCUCAAAAUUGAGCUGUUUCAACAGGGCUUCCUUCCUGAGGCCUUAAGCCCUGUCGAAUCAAGAGCCAACAGUGAGGCCUCCUGUGUCCCAGACGACGUGGUAGUCCAACGUAUGGUGGCCAUCUUUGAUUAUGACCCCCUUGAAAGCUCUCCCAACACGGACAUAGAGGAUGAGCUCCCUUUUCGUGCAGGAGACAUCAUCUAUGUUUAUGGAGAUGUUGACAGUGAUGGCUUCUAUUUUGGAGAUCUUCAUGGAUACCGAGGACUUGUGCCAUCAAACUAUGUAGAGCCAUUGCCUUGGAACUAACUGAAGAUGCUGGCUUCAAUCAAAAUGCAUAAAGCAAAUGUUUUAUUAAGAAACACAGCAUGCCAUUGAACACAUUGUGUUCAUCAGUCUUUAAGUAAUUAUUUGUACUUGCUUUAUGCUGGAGUGUUUUAUUUUAUAAUUUCCCGCCAGGGGGUAUGAUUUUUGCUUAAGUAUGUAACAUUAAUGAAAAAGGUACUAUAGAAUUGAUUUGUUUGCACUUCUUAUAUCAAUGUUGUUAUAUAAGUCUACCUUCUUUACAAAUUCCGUUUUUAUUAUUUUUAUCUCUUGCUGCUAAAUAUCUUUUGGUAGUGAGCCAUAGCCUUAAAAAUAUCAACCUCAACGUCUUCACAGUCUUCAUCAUGUGGGAGUAGUAGACCAUGGAGAGAGACAGAGAGAAUGGGCGGGAAAAAUAACAGUCUCAGCUAUUUAAGUGAUAUCUAAGGAUAAUCUUUACACACUGUGCCUUGUACUAUGUAUAUUGUUUCCACCACAUUAUUAAUAUGGUUUCACAGAUCAGUACAAAAUAAUAGUUCAGUUUCAUAAAGCAAUGAGAUUAAACACAAGCAUGUAGUGAUCAAGAGCCCUUUUUAUUGUGUACUUGAAUUUGAUACCAAUGCACCACAGCACUUUACAAUGAAAUACAUUCAUGAGCGAUGUGAUGAACCACACUAGUUUUAUUAGGAAUCAGAGUUAUCAACACUGGAAAUGCAUUUUAUUACAAAUAAACACAUCUUGUCCACAUAUUUGA